ACAAAAAGGGAAACUCGGAGAGACUUUCUCUUUCUCUCCUCACAUUUUCUUUCCUCUUUCAAAUCCCUAAUUACCAAAUUAAAAACCUGUGAAAUUGGAUUUAGUUUAAAGGAUAUUAGCCUCCGAAUCAAACGGAAGUCAGUCACUGUGUUUUUUCUAUUGACGAAUCGAAGUUGAAGUUGCUGUUUCUGCCUUCUUGAAAGGUCCAGUCAUUUAGCAUUAGCGUUAGUAAAUUAGAGAUUUCAACAUGCCAAAGGAGAGAAGAGAUCGUUCCUUGUCUUUUGAUAGGUGUAGGAGAUCUCCCUUCUCAUGUAGCUCCAGCUGUAGUCGCCGAUCUUCACCAAAACUCCCUUCAGAAACUGAGGAAAGUCUAAAGGAAUGGGAAGACGCCAGGUGCCCUGUCUGUAUGGAGCAUCCUCACAAUGCAGUUCUCCUCAUAUGUUCUUCCCAUAAGAAGGGGUGCCGUCCAUACAUGUGCGAUACAAGUUAUCGCCACUCUAACUGUUUUGAUCAGUUUUGUAAGUCAUCUACAGAUACCUCAGCAACAACACCACAAGAUUCUCAGCAAGAAGUAGCACAACUUGUAACAACAAACUUAUCACCAACUGCGACUGCAACUUCAGAAUCAACUGUCACUGAUUUGCAGGUAGAAAGAACCGAGGAAGGGCCCUCCAACCAAUCUGAUGUUUCAUGUGAGAAUCAGGGGCUGUCAAAACUAGUGUGCCCUCUGUGUCGUGGUGAGAUAAAAGAUUGGGUUGUUGUAGAGCCUGCUCGUUGUUUCAUGAAUGCGAAAUCUAGAAGCUGUUCCUCUGAAACGUGUGAUUUUGCUGGUGCCUAUAAAGACCUAAGGAAACAUGCAAGACUUGAGCACCCUUCACUGCGCCCAUCAGAGGCUGACCCUGAGCGACAGCGAAAUUGGAGGAGGUUAGAGCGUCAGAGAGACCUUGGGGACUUGCUCAGCACACUGCAAUCUUCAAUUGAGGAGGAGAGGGCUGAUGACAGCAUUUUGCCAAGUGAUGAUAGAAGUUGGCUCACCGUCUUUUUUCUUAUUCGGGUGUUUCGGCCAGGGUCUAGUCCUAGGAGCAGCAGCUGGGCUGGCGCCUCAAGGGCGAGAGCUCAAUUGAGUAUUAGGCGGAGAUCUACCAGACUUUGGGGGGAAAGCUAUGAUGGGGAAGCUGGAUAUGCCAGAGAUGAGGACAAUGAGUCUUCAGACAGUGGAUCAUUUCCUUGGAGGCGCCGUUUGAGGAGACGGACGACUCCUGACAAUCAACCAUGAAUUGUAUCUUUAAUGUGCUUUGUUUGUUGUUUGCAUGUGAAAUUUUCAAUUCUAAGUGUUACCCUUAUUAAUAUAAAUCUUGUAAUUGUUUGCUUAAU